UCGAUCAGAUUAGUUCCCAUAUUAGCCUGGGUAAGAAAAAGCAUUCUAAAGAGUGGAGGAAAAAAUGUAUAAAAAUGUUGAAAGAACCUACAGUUCCUUAUUAGGCGAAGAUACAAUAUUUAUUCCUUGUCUCCUGGGAUGAAGCUCCUCUAUCUAUUGUCCUCCCAGUUCUCAGUGCUGAUGCUUAAUUUUCAAAACUUCUAUAUUACCAAGGGACCUACGACAUCAGCCAAAGAAAUACCCAGCAAGUACAAAAUCUGAUCCAGGGAGCAGCUUUUGUGCAGAGGGAAAAUUUUGUUCCUACAGGUUUUUAAGGAGGUGCAUGGAAAAGCGAGAGAUCUGAUCUAUGCAGAUACAUUGCAAAUUCUCUCUGUCUGUAGAUAUUUUUUCUAAAAAAAAUUGGGGAAAUACAUGAACUUUGGAUUUUUCAAUUUUUUCCUUUUUUUUUUUUUUUUUUUUUUUAAUUUGGAGAGGGGAGUUUUGUCCAGAGUUGGGGUUUUUUUCCUCUUUUUUUUUUCCCUUUUUUUUUUUUUUUUUUUUUUUUAUCUUUUCCCGGAGAACCAAAAAAUGUCAACUACCUUUCCAGGUCUCGUCCACGAUGCAGAGAUACGUCAUGACGGAUCAAACAGUUACCGUUUGAUGCAGCUUGGAUGCCUGGAGUCUGUGGCCAACUCGACCGUCGCCUAUUCCUCCUCAUCUCCUCUCACUUACUCUACCACGGGCACCGAGUUCGCCUCCCCGUACUUCUCCACUAACCACCAGUACACCCCACUGCACCACCAGUCCUUCCACUACGAGUUCCAGCACAGCCACCCGGCAGUCAACCCCGACGCUUACUCCUUGAACUCUCUCCACCACUCCCAGCAGUAUUACCAGCAGAUCCACCAUGGAGAACCCACUGAUUUUAUCAACCUGCACAAUGCGCGGGCACUCAAGUCCUCCUGCUUGGACGAGCAGAGGAGAGAGCUGGGGUGCUUAGAUGCUUACCGCCGCCACGACCUGUCUCUUAUGAGCCAUGGAUCCCAAUAUGGGAUGCAUCCAGAUCAAAGACUCCUGCCAGGACCAAGCCUCGGGCUGGCAGCCUCGGGAGCAGACGAUUUGCAGAGCUCAGUGGAGGCCCAGUGUGGACUUGUACUCAACGGGCAAGGAGGUGUGAUAAGAAGAGGUGGCACCUGUGUUGUCAACCCCACGGACCUGUUCUGCUCUGUUCCUGGUCGCUUGUCUCUACUCAGCUCCACUUCCAAGUACAAAGUGACCAUUGCAGAGGUGAAGAGGCGCCUUUCUCCACCAGAAUGCCUCAAUGCUUCCCUCCUCGGAGGUAUUUUGAGAAGAGCAAAAUCCAAGAAUGGAGGACGCUGCUUGCGAGAAAAAUUAGACAGACUUGGACUGAAUUUGCCUGCAGGAAGAAGAAAAGCAGCAAAUGUCACACUCCUGACUUCCCUGGUAGAAGGGGAAGCACUACAUUUGGCCAGAGAUUUCGGCUACACCUGUGAAACAGAGUUCCCUGCCAAGGCAGUAGGAGAGCACAUUGCCAGACAGCACAUGGAACAGAAAGAGCAGACAGCGAGGAAAAAGAUGAUCCUAGCGACAAAACAAAUAUGUAAAGAAUUCCAAGACCUUCUAAGUCAAGACAGAUCACCCCUCGGAUCCUCCAGACCAACUCCAAUAUUAGACCUUGACAUCCAGAGACAUUUAACGCAUUUCAGUUUGAUCACUCAUGGUUUUGGAACUCCUGCAAUAUGUGCUGCCCUAAGCACUUUCCAAACUGUUCUCAGUGAAAUGCUGAACUACUUGGAAAAGCACACAUCGCACAAAAACGGAGGAACGGCGGAAUCCGGCCAAGGACACGCCAACUCGGAGAAAGCCCCCCUGCGGAAAACUUCAGAGGCUGCUGUGAAAGAGGGCAAAACAGAAAAGACAGACUAGCUACAUCAAACAGAAUCUAUUUCGAGAGAGUCUUGCUGCUGAUAUUUUUUUUAAAUAUAUAUAUCAUUGAGGGCAAUUUAUCUCCAGUGGACCAAAUCAAAAAAAAAAAAAAAAAAGGGGGGGGGGGAA